ACUUGUUUGCAUAUAUUAUGUCUGCCUAUAGAGCUCUUUUGACCACCACUUCAAGAACACGCUUGAACAGUAGCGCUGUGCGUUACCAAAAUACCUCUGUGCGUCACUACAGCUCUCCUUUCAAGGUUUUUAUGGAUACUUUGAAAGAGCAAAUGUCAAAAAGUAAAGAAGUCAAGACUUUGCAAGAUGAGUCAGGUCGUUUAAACGAUAGUGAGGCACUUAAAAAGGCCAAAGAAAUGUACGAAAAGGCUAAAGCUCAACAAUCCAUUCAAUCAGAGCGUUUGAAGCAAGCUACUGAGAAGAUCACCAAAGCUGCUGAAAAAGUAGGUUCUUCUGUCAAUGAUUCUUUCAAAAAGGCUUCAGAAACCGAAUUUGCCAAAGACACUUCAGAAAAGAUCAAGAAAGCUGCAGAAACCAUUGACAAGACUGUGGAUCCUUUGAAAAAGAGUGAAGCUGUUGGAAAGAUCACAGAUUCCUUCAAGACAGUCUUGAAGGAUGAUUCAGGUCGUUAUGGUGGUUUUGUUGAUAAGGAAACAAGACGUAAGAUGCGUGAAGAAGCUCAAAAAUCAACCCAAAAGAGCACCAAGUCUGUUGCCGAAAAUCCUGAAGCCGGUGCUAAUUUGGUCAUUCACAAAGACUCCAAGUGGAAGGAAAGCUGGAACAAGUUUAAGGAAGACAGUCCUAUCAUGCAAGGUAUCUUCCGUGCUAGAAAAAAUUAUGAAGAAUCAGAUAAUCUUUUCGUUUCUUAUUCCCGUGCAUUCACUGACCGUAUUGCUGAUACGUUUGGUUCCAUUUUCGAAGAAUCAGAUCAAGCACAAGCCAUUCGUGCUUUUCAAGCCAUUGACCCUACAUUUAACAUGGACAAGUUCAUGGAAGAUGCUCGUAAAUAUAUUGUUCCUGAACUCAUGGAAGCUUAUUUGAAGGGCGAUGUCGAUACCUUGAAGUUAUGGUGCUCAGAAGCCACAUAUAAUGUGUUGACUGCUGUCAUUCAAGCUCAAAUGCAACAAGGUUUAAUUAGUGACUGUAAAAUUCAAGAUUUGCGUGACAUUGAGUUGGUCGCUGCCAAAAUCUUAGAAAACGAUAUUCCUGUACUCGUAUUGUCCUUCCGUACACAAGAAAUUAUUGUAUUCCGUAAUGCAAGAAGUGGUGAAAUUGUUUACGGCAAGGAGGAUCUUAUUGAACAAGUAACCUACGCUUGUGUUCUUACAAAGGAACCCGAGGAUCUUCAAAACCCUGUCACUGGGGGCUGGAGAAUCAUUGAUAUGGCCAAGCAUGAUUCAAGACCUGUUUGGUAAAAUGACAACACUAGAUGCAACAUAACAACUACUAUCAUAAUUUACUACACACCCUUCUCUCUUUAUACAUAUACAUCAACAAAUCUUCAUUGUAUAUCCUCUUCUUUUUUUUCUACUAGAUUGACAUAUUUUCUCUUUCUUUUAUGAUUUUUUUCUGAUGUCUACUGUUUAAAUAAUAAUAAAAAAGACAAGCUUAAAAAAAACGAGCUUAUAAAUCACAAUAUUCUUGACUACGACUAAUACCGCUUUUUUUUUGACAAUUAAAGGUCUUUGUCCCCCCCGUUUUCUCUCCCGGUAUACCUAAUGUGCAACAAUGGGC